CGCUCAAUCUAUCUUCUUGAAAGAGACAUAAUAGCUCGAACAUCUGCUAUCAUUAGAAUGAAAAUAAACGUCUUUGUUCCUUGCUCGUCAAUUCCGUCUCCGAGUAAUAGAGUAAUAAAUAAGUUUACAAUGCCCAAGCAGAUAUCUAAAACCGAACCUAUAAUCAUUGACGAUGCUGGCGUAUCCGGUCUUUCGACGGCUUAUGCCCUUUCGAAAAGAGGUUUUGUAAAUGUACACAUCUUUGACAAACGAGACUACAUCACUCAAGGGUACAACUAUUUUAAAGGGUGUGACAGUUCAUCGUCGGAUAUGAAUAAGAUAUGUAGAGCCGCCUACGGAGAGCAAACACAUUAUCAAAAAAUGUCACUGGAUAGCAGAAAGGUCUUCUUGAACUGGAACCAAAUGAUAAAAGACCGCAACUUUGAAGGUGGCGAUCCCGUCUACUUGAACAGUGGUAACAUUCAUCUUACGAGCCAUCACGAACUGCCUCUCUUCGAAAAGCUCACUCUUCAAAACAUGGCGCCUUCGCAAGUUAUAUGAGUAUCUGACAGUGAUGCAAUCAAGAAGGCGGGAAGAAUUGGCUUACCUCUUUCUGCUGAUGAUCCUUUUGAAAUGAAGAGACGUGGAAAACAUCUUGAAGGUGUCCUUGAUACUACUGGUGGUAUGAUAAUUUCCGAUAAGUGCUGCAGGUGGGUAUUGCAUCUUUGCAGAAGUGAAUUUUCUCAUAAUUUGACUACUCAUCUCGGUGCAGACAUUGGUGAGAUCGAUCACCUUCUUCUCGAGUAUGUUAAAAAAUACUGGCAAGAAAAAAUGUGUAGGUAUCAAGACUAAAGGCAAAGCCCUACAUUUUGCGCGGUUAGUUGUUACUGCUUGUGGCCCAUGGACAGGGGAAGUGGUCCCCGAAGCUCAAGAAAAGUUGGAAGCGACAGGUGGUACGGUUGUUUUAAUCAAAGUCACCAAUCCUAAAACUUUAGACAAGUACAGUGAGAAAAACUUCCCUAAAUGGACGUACGAUGUCAGGGAUAAAGGCAUUGGUGGCCUCUAUGGUUUUCCCAUCAGAAACGGAUAUAUGAAAGUUGGCUACAGGGGUCUGAAGUGGACUAAUCCAACAAAAACCUUGAACUCGCAAGUCAAAACUGCCUAUAGCGAUUGUCACGAAACGAAUGUACCAGUAUUCGGACUAAAACUGAUCAAGCAGUUCAUUGCAGAGCACAUUCCGGAAGUCAGGAAAAUUGAUAAAACGAGACUCUGUUGGUAUUCAGACAGUGAAGACAACGACUUUCUGAUUUCCUACUCCCCUCAGUAUGCUGACAAAUCUUUGUUUACCAUUGGUGGUGAUUCUGGCCAUGCUUUCAUGAUGUUCGGAAGUAUUGGAAAGGUUAUUGCCGAUAUAAUAUUGGAGACAGAUAGUGAUGCUUUUCUCAAAGAUCUUUUUUCGUGGACCAGGAAGAGAGAGCCAAUAAACGCUAUCAACAAAGGCGUUGAUGAUCCUCGCGCACUAUGUAACCAACUUAUGGCUACCGAGAAUGACUGGGUUGUAAGAGAAUCAAGUAAACUUUAG